GGCUGUCUAAUGGUGGAGUCGGAAAACGGGAGGGGAAGCAGUUUUGAGGCUCCAAGUCACCGCGAUGUGUCGCAGUCGCACAGGGAGCAUAAGAAUACACACUUCGUGGGGGAGACGUUCCUCUGCCCUCGCCUCGAAGAUGUCGCUGAGCACGCACUAAAAAAAAAAAAAGUAAAUAAAUCCGGAUGGCGAAGAAUCCCAGCAUGCUGCAGAACUUGCGACGGAAGCUGCGGCGGGACAAGACGGAUGUGGGGAAAAAAGGCUCCCCCGCCUCCCGUCUGGACGUCAUCGACCACCGCCUCAGCUCCUCGGUGCCCGACAUCAGGGACUUGAAGCGGGAUGUGUACCACACCGUUUCUUCCUCGCCUUACCUCCGCAAGAGUCCCGCGCCCUACCACAGCAGCCCUACCACGCCACUGGCCCAUCCUGGUGGCUUAAGGAUGGGAGGGGGAGGAGGAGAAGGUGUCUCCACGGGGAGCGAGCACACACUGAGCGUGCCUGCAGAUUGCACGGACUGGGCGUCCUCUCAGGAGUCGUUCAACAGCAUGCACAUGGACGACGGAUCCUCAGUCUGGCGACGGGUGUCGCCCCAAGGCGGCGGCGGCGGCGGUGGCGGUGGUGGAAUGGAGGCCGAGGAGCUGGCCUUGCCUGAAAUGAUGACCGUAUACAGCCCAGACGGUGCGGACGACAACUUGCAGGGUGACAUGGAGUCUUCCAGUGUCUUUGAGGGCGGCAGAGAGUCUCUGAACUCCUUCCUGCUCACCAUCAACCUGAAGGAGGGGCACAACCUGGUCAUCAGGGACCGCUGCGGCACCAGCGACCCGUACGUGAAGUUCAAACUGGAGGGGAAGACCAUCUACAAGAGCAAAGUGAUCCUCAAGAACCUGAACCCCGUGUGGAGCGAGAACUUUUCCAUCCCCGUCCGGAACCUCAGUCAGUGGCUCUACGUCAAGGUGUACGACCGGGACUUGACCACCGACGACUUCAUGGGCUCGGCCAGCGUCCUCCUCAGUGACUUGGACCUGGACAAGGUAAACGAGCUGUGUCUGCGUCUGGAUGACCCCAACAGCCUUGAGGACGACAUGGGCGAGAUUGUGCUGGACAUGAGCCUCAAGCGCAGAGAUGGAGACAGCCGACGCGGACCACGCUGGCCACAAAUCCGAAAACGCAGUAGUCGGAGCAUGCGGCUGUCUGAGGCCCAGAGGAAGAGUCAGCUGUGGAGUUCAGUGGCCAAGGUGACCCUGGUGGAGGGUCAGGAUGUUCCCAUCGACUCGCCGACUGGCCAGCUCUUUGUCCGCUUUCGACUGGGCGAGCAGCGAUACAAAAGCAAGAAUGUCGACAAGGUGUCCAGGCCUCAGUGGAGGGAGAAGUUCACCUUGAAUCAAUUCCUGGACGGCACCAGCAUCCUGGAAGCGGAACUUUGGUCCAAAGAGGGACGACGAGCUGAGGAGUGUUUGGGAAUGUGUGAGGUGGAUCUUUCGGGCGUCCCCCCAGAUGAGAGGCAGCUGUUUACGCUAUCGUUGGACUCGGGCCGAGGACGUCUGGUCUUUCUGGUCACGAUCAGCUCCUGUAGCGGGGUCUCCAUCGCGGACCUCUCCGCGGCACCCCUCGACGAGCCGGCGGAGCACAAGAAUAAGCUGGACAACUACAGUCUUCCAAGGUCCUUGAAGAACCUCAGCGACGUGGGCUUCCUCCAAGUCAAAGUCAUCAGGGCGUGCGACCUGCUGGCUGCUGAUCUCAACGGCAAGAGCGACCCCUUCUGCGUUUUGGAACUCUGCAACGACAGGCUGCAGACUCAUACCGUCUACAAGAGUCUCCAGCCGGAGUGGAACAAAGUCUUCACCUUUCCUGUCCGGGACAUCCACGAGGUUCUGCUGGUGACCGUCUUUGACGAGGAUGGAGACAAAGCUCCAGACUUCCUGGGGAAAGUGGCCAUUCCUCUACUCUCGAUCCGAAGUAGGCAGCAGAUCAUCAUGCCCCUGAAGAAGGACGACCUGGGCGGCCUGAUCAAAGGCAACAUCACGCUGGAGCUGGAGAUCAUUUACAAUCCUAUUCGAGCCAGUAUAAGAACAUUCCAACCCCGGGAGAUCAAAUUCAUGGAAGAUAAUCCCAAAUUUUCCAAAAAGGCUCUGGCCAGGAACGUGCAGCGAGUGCAGGCGCUCUACCGGGCCAUCAGGUCCACGCUGCAGUACGUGAAAAGCUGCUUCCAGUGGGAGAGCGUCCAAAGGAGCCUGCUGGCCUUCGCGGUGUUCCUGUUGAUGGUGUGGCACUGGGAGUUCUACAUGUUUCCCCUUAUCCUGGUUCUGCUCAUCUCAUGGAACUACUUUCAGAUCUGCUCCGGACAUGCCAAUCAAGACCUGAGCUCUAUGGACGUUGGUGACGAAGAGGAGGAUGACGAGAAGGAAAAUGAGCGCCGGGGUCUCAUGGAGAAGAUCCACAUGGUGCAGGACAUCGUCAUCAGCCUUCAGAACUUCCUGGAUGGGGUGGCAAACUUUGGGGAGAGGAUUAAAAACACAUUCAACUGGUCCGAGCCCUUCCUGUCCAGUCUGGCUUUGCUCUUCUUUGUCACGGCCACCGUGCUCACGUAUUACAUCCCGCUGCGCUACAUUGUCUUGAUAUGGGGCAUCAACAAAUUCACCAAGCGAUUGCGCAAGCCUUUCGCCAUAGACAACAACGAGCUGAUCGACUUUCUGAGCAGGGUACCUUCGGAUGUGCAGAAGGUCCAGUACAGUGAGCCAAAAGGUGUCAAGAAAAAAAAGUCAACGUAAACCAACAAAGACUGAGGACCCGCCCACCUCCUUUCUUUGUUGAUGACUUUGGAAUAAUUUUUUUUUAAUGUACUUUCUACUUUUAAGUACUGUAACCGCACGACAGCAAAGUACACACUUGUUUACUUUUGGAUGUGUUACUUCAACUAUUUGAUGUUUUAUUUCCUGUUUUUGCGCACACACACACACACACACACUAAUUAUUUAUUAUUGCCUGGCGACCUAAGAGCAAUAAAUGCAGUCAUUCCGCUUGGUGAUGGUACCCGUCCAUUCCAGCCCUCCGUCCCUCGUCCCAGCGUGACCUUUGGGCGGCGCCAUUAGCAAAAUUGAUCCAAACAAAAUCGCGAGGUAGUCUGUCUUGAAAAUAUUUGAGUGUGAGUAAAAAGUUGAGAAUAUACACGCGAUGAUACAAGGACUUUGAAAUCAAUCAUUUGAAGUAAUAAAAUCUGCGCCGGAAUAUUAUGUCAAUAGUUGUCUUGUAAGAUGGGGUCCGUAUUUCACAAAUAAAUUCAUAGUUCUGCUCAUAAGAGAAAGAAAAGUGGCAAUUUUAUAAGAAAUUAAUGCCAUGAAUACAAAGUUAUAAUGUUACGGUUGUAAUUUUGAGAAAGCGUAAUGUGGAGCAGGGUUGCGAUACGAGAGUAAAAAUUAUUACAUUUUUAUGAGAACCAAGUUGUGCUAUCCGCUAAUUCGUGAAUUUGUGCUCGCCACGCGUCACCUUCCCAAAGUCGCGACAGAAGGCGCAACGGCGUAAUCGACCCUCGCACCUCGGCGUCUCGUUAGUGUCGACGCCGCUGCUGAAUAUUAAUGAGCCACCAUCAAGGACGCGGCAAGGUCGCGUCAUUUUGACGCAUGUAGUGUAGACUCGACCGUAAUGAAGAUGAAAAUAUGGACCAGAUGCACAUUAGCAAGUCAAAUCACACCUUUAUGCGCCACAAACAUGGCCGCCGCGGUCGAGUCUCAGAGGACUUGUUCCGACGUCAGCCUUUGGUGUAUUAUCAUCAGCGACAUCAAUUACUACACAGAAAGGGCUUCAGGUACGCAAGCCGGGAACUGCCAAUGUGGAGUAACAUUUUUUUUGGACCGGCAAAUACAAUCAAAUGUAUUUAAAUAUUUGCGAAAGUACUUGGAAGUAUGUUCGAAUGUACCAUGGCUAUUGCACGUAUGCAAGUCAAGAUUUUUUGAAUGUAUUUUUGUUGUUGUUGUUGAAGCAUUUGGCCUCCAUUAUACCACUGCGUUCAAAUGUUAAGUAGACAUUUUUUGUAAUUUU